CCGGAUAGGACAGUCCAGGGUAUAUGCCCCCCUCCUAGUGUGUCGCGCUUCUUCUCACCUUCAUCAGCGCAUUACCUUCUAUGAUCCCUCCUCCCGUUUAUCUGCAUUUCCCAUCUGUCGAAUGUGAUGGCUCAAAUGACAGAUGGUUUCUGGACGGGCGUUUACAGGUGACUUGAAUAUUGGGGAGACAUUGGAGUACUUAUAGGUUCACAGGGGUAUUUUUGCAAUAACUAUUCUGAAUUAUUCAACGAAUGUGGUACACUCGCUCCGGGAAUCAACGACAAUCUUUCUGUCUGCGAACAGAGAGCAAGGGUGGCUAUUUCCGACCUUCUGGUCGACCAGCUGGUUACGCUGAUACUGGCAGAUAUCGGGAUGCAAGUGCCACCUGACCAAAAUCCAGUUCAAUCAAUCAAAGCAGCGGUUAGCGGCAGUGUCGUGGCUCAACGCAUUCAAUUAGUCAACAUUUUCCGUGCUUGCAGUAGGUAUGUACUCGAUUCCACGUCGAUCUCUUCCACUUAGAACAAGUGGAGCGAUCUCGUUACAGCUCAAUGAGAAAUAACCGGAACCAAACUGGUCAAAUUUGGCUAUUCAACCACACGAUUCAACCACACUAUUCAAACUGCAACAAAAAUGUUGGACCGGUGGAAAACAAUGAUAUCCUGAUGUGCUCUCAUGAUGAAUAGACACAUGAACUGGUAUCAUCAUCAGCGGUCUUGACGCGUUUUGGUAUACAGUUUGCCCAUGAUGAUGGGAAUUCUCCCCUUCGUCUUUCUCUCCCAUCUUCUUUUCUUUUUCUACCAUUUUGGUGUCAGGACAUCGUUAACUUUUUGUGUGUACUGUCCUCUUCUCAGGAGGCUCGUCAUUCGUUAUCCUAUUUCGGGAUGUUCGAUGACACCUCCAUGUAUUCCCCUCUUUCUCGACUCUUCGUUAUCCUAUUAUUACUAUUCUCCGUCCAGGCAAGAACGCUCCCCUCCCGCAACGUCACAGUCGAUGACUCAGAUCCGCAAAUAUUUUACUCUCCUGGUUGGAAGGAAUGCAAGACUUUGAAUACGGAGCGCAUGGAGUUUGGAAAGAAAUGUCACUGGAGUGAUCGAGAUGAUGCAUACGCCGAAUUUACGUUUAUAGGUGUUGCUGUCUACUUGUUAUCGCCAUCGUGGAUGUAUCCUGUCAGGGUACAAAUAACCGUCGAUUCCGAUUUAGUCGAUUUUCAGGACUGGGAAAUCUCUAGGGGAAGGGAGAACAUUGCUUGGGCUGUCAGUGGGCUUGAGAAUGGCACACAUACGUUGCGCAUCGAAAAAGGGGAACAAGCGCAGUACGUGGUGUUGGAAGCGUUGAUUUACACCUCCACGACUAUCCCUGGUCCAGGAUCAAGAUAUCAUCAUGCACGGUCAUUCGAGGCGUCAUCUCCUGAUCAAACUUCAUUACUGAAUACCAGUACACCGUCCAUCACAACCCUCUAUCGACGCGAUGACCAACAGUCAAAGCAACCUGUCAUCGUAGGUGCUGUUGUCGGCCUCUGUAUCGCGCUUAUCGGAGUUGGCCUAGCCAUCGUGUUCAUCCGAUACCGCAAAACUAUCCUAGCAAAGUACGGACAUCUUAUUGGUAUUCCAACUAUCGUCGGUGAUGAAACGCUGCCUACGGAUUCCACGACACGCUCCCCGCAGAUGGCGCCCACAAGAUUUUCGACUCCGCUGCAUGCUGCCUUCACUGCGCCGGAGACGGAAGCCAGAAAUGCCAGGCCCGCGAUGCCUGGGUUUGACCCUGGUACCAUGCGCCACGAGAAAGCACUCCCGUCACCUCCUUCUCAAACCAGCUCAACGACCCCAACUAGUAUAUUUGCUCGGAACCUUUCAAGGCUUGGCUCCAAACGUCGACUUCCCGGCCCUUCACUCACGGUGCAGGUGAUAAACAGUGGUGACAACUUGAAAACGAAUCCUACCAAGUCAACGUCAUCUUCCUUUUUUCCUAAACCAGUUCAUGAAACGGAAAACUGUCCGACGAGAUCCAAUAGAUCGUACUCCGUGAUAUCUCAACUCGAUGGAGGAAGUGAGAAACCUUUACAGGAACCUAAAAACCCACAUCCUCCGCGCUCUGAGAUGCUUCCAUCAUCUACCAUCGCCGGAAGUCGUCCUACCGACGAGACACAAGGAAAAGGUGUACCUAAUAAUCCUAGACAUGGAAGUCAAUCUUCUGCUUCCACUGGUAUGGAUACAGAAUCCCCCCUCUCAUCUUCACCUGAGAUUCUUGGAAAACACCACUUCCCUCCGAGAAACAGUCUCAAGAACCUAUCAGUAAGGACACAGCUCACCUCCAUCACGGAAACCCCAAUUCCGGGACGCUCCAGCGCCACAGAUAGCCCUUCGAGCAGCAAAAGUGUGAAACCGCCAUUUAAACGUAAAUCCGACGGUCGACUUCGCGUAGAGAAGGACAAACAACGACGGAGACAUCGUAGAGUUCUUGUAUCACCUAGUGGACCUCGGGAUCUGUAUAGUGAUCUAUCCUCUCGACCUUCCUCUCGGGUUGUCAGCUCCGUUUCGAACUCUGCAAGGGCGUCAACGAUAAUGGAUUUAGAACCAUCCAUUAACCCUGUACAUAUGCCUCGGAAUUUACCUCGCCCUUUACCGCCAAGACCUAACAUACCUACUCCGUCAUCCACUGAGAAUAGAUCAGAAACACCCCUCCCACCUUAUCCUAUUGGCAGCGAACUUCUGCCUUUGUACUUUGAAAAGAGCAAACGCGUUUCGAGGAAAAGUCUCAGGCCACCGCCGUUUUCAGCUACCUCGAACAGACACUUUCUCCCCUCUCCGCCACCUUCCGCCACCUCUUCCGGUGACAUCGACAUCGCCCCCGUUAAUCAAACAACCCCAUUACCGAGACCUCUUCCUGUUGUCGUUGAGAAACGGGCCUCUCGUAUUUCACCCCGCAAGCUGCCUAACCGCCCCAGAGCCUUCACAGAUUCUGCCCCCUCAAAUACCCGGUUACCGACGACGACACAUAACAAACAGAAUAGAUCUAUUGAUUUGCCCUUGUCACAGCAGGCCCGUAAUCCUGCCACGAGUCUCGUACCCAAGGAGGAGGUACCCAAGGACGCACCCAAAGUCAAUCAAGUGAAACCGAAGAAAUCCUCAGAUUCCUCUGUCUCGGCUGUCUCUUCGGCGUCUCGUUUACAACGGGCUCCUUUUCUCCAAUCGAGGUCAGCACCGUUAUUCACGAUGCAGGAUCUUCUUUUGGAUUCCGAAAGACAUCCUCCGACCAGUGUGCCUUCAACUCCCCAGUUGAACUCGUGGUCAGAUUCGGGCACGUACCGUUAUACUAAGUCAAUUCCAGGGGUGGAGGAUGAUACCGAGAGAUCAGAGACAGGAACUUCUGGUGACGAUAGGCUUGCUUCGUCAUGGUCUACGCUUCUACCGGCCCCUUCAGGUCCUUUGACUUCAACAACACCUUUGAAUAUUGUAUCUGUGGAGAAGAGGAAGAUAAGCAGGGUACCUCCUCCGUUGAUUAAAUUGGAUCCUACAAUACCAGAGAAAGCAGAAGUUCAGGAGAGAGACCAGUCAUCCCCGUCGCUCGCUACCGUAAGCCGCAUUCCAACGACAGCUAGAGUCAACAUUCCGCCUCCGCCUCACACACCACCUCCGCCCACACCACCUACACCACCUACACCACGUCGGAGAGCGAAAGUAUGGGAUGAUCUCGGUCGUAGAAGGGGGGACCGGAUCACUCCUCCGACUCGAGAUGAUUCGUUAUUCGCUACAACGACGAAUAUGGGUGGAUCAGCCUAUUCUGUUUGAUAUGAGAAUAACUGGGACUAUAUUAAUAGUAUUUCGAUCUUAACUUAUGCGUUAGCGUCACGGUUGUAUAGUGGCACUCGAUAUACCGAUGGAAUGGCAUCCAUUCGUGAUUCGGUGCUUUGAAUAUCAGAGAUCCCAAGCGGUCCGGUGAUUUGGC